AAAAUCAGUGUAAUUAGCAAUCUCAAAACAAAGAAUCACUUUUAAUCCAAACAAAUCUUUCCACAGCAAACCUUCUCGAAGAUGGUAGUAAUCGAAGAUCGAAACGAAAUUCCCUCCACCGCAGCUUCAACCAACGACGUUUCCGACGGCUUUGAAACCGCCAGUGACACCGAUCUCGGCAGUGACGUCGACGCCAAUGACGGCGGCGGAGCAAUCAAACACGAGGAAGAAGAUCAUCGUGAUCAGCAAAGCCACCAACAGACAGAGCAAGAGAAUGAGAAGGAACAGGAGCAGAGAGAUUCUCAGAGAAUCAUUUCCUCUGAUGAUGCUUCCAUUGACGAUGAGGAACUGAAACAGAAAGCAUUGGUUCAAGCAAAUGAAGCAAAGGUAGAAGGGAACAAACUUUUUGUAGAUGCAAAGUAUGAGGAGGCAUUAACACAAUAUGAACUUGCUUUAGAAGUUGCGCCAGACAUGCCUUCCUCUGUGGAAAUACGCUCAAUAUGCCAUGCAAACCGUGGAGUGUGCUUUCUGAAAAUGGGAAAAUAUGAAAACACAGUUAAAGAAUGCACCAAAGCGUUAGAAUUGAAUCCUAUGUAUGUCAAAGCUUUGGUAAGAAGAGGAGAGGCCCAUGAAAAGCUUGAGCAUUUUGAAGAGGCCAUUGCUGAUAUGAAAAAGAUCUUAGAAAUUGAUCCCUCAAAUGAUCAAGCUGGGAAAGCUAUUCGACGGUUAGAGCCUCUUGCUGCGGUAAAACGGGAAAAGAUGAAGGAAGAAAUGAUUGCAAAACUGAAAGAUAUGGGCAACUCUCUAUUGGGCCGCUUUGGGAUGAGUGUAGACAACUUUAAAGCAGUCCAAGAUCCAAACACUGGUUCCUAUUCUGUCUCAUUCCAACAGUAAGUUUGGUUGAGCAAAGUCAUGAAAGCGUUUGUUUUGAGAUUCCGUUGUUCAUGCAAGUCACUAGUACAGUUCAGAUGCUCAUGUAUAUUGUAAGAGAACUAAAGCAUACAAUUUUAUUUCCUUCAAAGGGCAUUGGUUGAUUGAUUCAUCAUGUGAAGGGGAUUCAUAACAAAUAAGUCUUUGAUAGUCUUUUUGGGGAAAAUAUCAAGUUGGAUGUCGGUUUGUGCGAUUCGUAAAUCUUAGUAAUACUUUUAUUUAAGCUAUUUUUUUAGGGAACCUGGCCAGAUUGUUGAUCUUUUGGCAAAGCAAGGAUUAGGGUUACCAAUGUCGAUUAAGCUAGUAUUAAGUUUCUGAUUUUUAUUUUUAAUGUUGUGUUGA